GAGCUGCGGAGAACACAUGUUUCAAAGGAAAAAACACGCUUAUUUUAACCUAAAACACCGGAGGAUGGAUGAAGCAGGCAACAGUGUCAGGAGAAACCAGUGGCAACGGCUGCUCAGGUGGCCUCAGGGGCAGAACGUGAACGAAGAAAAGGAUGGUGCCAAAGAUGACGAGGAACAAAACAACCGUGUGAAGCUGAAGCAGAAGUUCAACUGGAAAGAGUGGGUGGUGGAUCCAGCAGAACAUUUUUAUUAUAUCUGGUUGCAGGUGAUGAUAGUGCCCAUUGUUUACAACUGGGUCAUCAUCAUUUUAAGGACGUGUCUCACUGCGAUCGCCUUGAACUACUCAGCCGUGUGGCUCACGCUGGACUACCUGUCUGACCUCAUGUAUGCCGUUGACAUGCUCAUCACGCUCCAUACAGGUUUCUUGGAGCAAGGGAUCCUGAUCAAGAACCUGACCAGGCUGAGGAAGCGCUACUUGCGCUCCAAACAUUUCCUUUGGGACCUGGCGUCCCUGCUGCCCACUGACUUCCUCUACUUUGCUGUUGGCAUUGAAACUCCCAUGGUGAGGAUUAACCGCCUUCUGCGUAUCCCAAGGCUCAGUGAGGCCUUGGACCGCAUGGAGACAAGAACCUCCUACCCCAGUACUUUCCGCAUCACAAAGCUCAUGAUCUACAUCUUUGUGCUGAUCCACUGGAACGCCUGUCUCUACUUUGCACUGUCCAGCUACCUUGGCUUUGGGAGCGACCCUUGGGUCUACCCAAACAUCUCCGACCCAACGUUCGCCUCCAUGCGGCGUCAGUACUUUUACUGCUUCUGGUUCUCUGCCCAGAUAUUCACCACAGUAGGAGACACCCCUCUCCCAAACAGGGAGGAGGAGUACUUAUUUAUGAUUGCGGACUUGCUCAUUGCUGUGCUGGUGUUUGCGUCAAUUGUUGGUAAUGUUGGUAAUGUCAUCACAAGCCUGAGGGACCGGGAUAACGUCUUCUUUCCUAACCACGAGCUGGUGAAAGCAUACCUGCGAAGUCACCACGUAAGCAAGGAGCUUCGGCAGCGGAUUGAUAACUGGUACCAGCAUCUUCACAUCAACAAGAAGAUCAUGAGAGAGAUAGAAAUCCUGCAGAAGCUGCCUUUACACAUGAGGACAGAGAUAGCUGUCAGCGUCCACCUUCCCACGCUCUCCAAAGUUACCAUCUUCCAGAGUUGCGAGAAGAGUCUUCUGGAGGAGCUGGUUCUCAAACUCACACCUCAGGUGUUCAGCCCAGGAGAGUACGUCUGCAGGAAGGGAGACGUGGGCCAUGAAAUGUACAUCAUCAAAGAGGGGAAACUUGCAGUUGUAGCAGACGAUGGGAUCACAGAAUUUGCUGUUCUGAGCUCGGGGAAUUUCUUUGGGGAAAUAAGUAUCCUCAACAUCAAAGGUAACAAGUCAGGCAAUCGGCGCACUGCCAACAUCAGGAGCAUCGGCCACUCGGACCUGUUCAGCCUGUCCAAAGAAGACCUGACAGACGUGCUGUCCGAGUUCCCUGCAGCCAAACGGCACCUGGAGGAGAAAGGCCGGCAGAUCCUCGUCAAGAUGGGCAUGCUGGAGAAUAGCACAGAGGGGGUGGAGGUGGAGGCCGAGAAGGUGGAAGCCAAGGUUAAACGGAUGGAGGGCAACGUGGAAACCCUGCAGACCAAACUGGCUCGACUCAUGGUGGAGUUGGAGUCCAGCAACCACAAGAUGCAGACCAGGGUGGAGCAGCUGGAGAAGCAGGCUGCAGAGUUGGACCCUCGGCCACCAGAUGAUGGACAAGGAGAAGGGGAUCAGGGAAGACAUGAAGGUGUGGGAGGAGAGGCCCAAUGGGAACGAGAGGAGGCAGAGGGGGAGGAGGAGGAUUUAAAUGUAAAGCCGAGACGGCAGGGACAAACUGACGAUGACGUGACCAAGGAAGGGGAUGGAGAGAGCACCAAAAUUACAAAAGAUGAGACUGAAAGGGAGGGAGACGGUCUGAGAGAGAAAAAAGAAGAAGAGGAGGAGAGAGUCAGAGCCAGAGGAGACGACAGACCCAGGAAAGGUGACGGAGCUGAGACUGAACCUGGACAUGGAGAAGAAGAGAACUGUGACGAGACAGAAUCUGACAAGAGGGUGGAAAAGGCAGACGACCAAGAUGAAAAAGACAGAAAAGAGUGA